ACUUUAACCCAGGACACAGAACCUCACUAGUCAGCAAGAAUCUCCUGGAAAGGGGAGAAGACUGGCAGAAUUUUUUUUUUUUUAAGUUAGGAGACUUGCCUGUGACGGUCGCUUGCGCACACGGCAUUGAUGAGGUGUGUCUUCAGAUGGACAAAGCCCUUGGCCACAGGUCUCUGGUCACUUACCCUUGUUAUUUUUUCUGUACAGCAUGUAUAUGGGACUGGAAAGAAAUACCUGGGUCCUUGCAGAGGAAGAGAUUGUGCUGUUUGCCAGUGCUUUCCUGCAAAGGGGUCUCGGGGUCAGCCAGGACCACCAGGGCCUCAGGGUCCAAUUGGACCUCUGGGACCCCCAGGACCAAUUGGGAUUCCAGGAGAGAAAGGAAUGAAAGGGGACAGCGGUCCUCCUGGAGCAGCUGGGGACAAAGGUGAUAAGGGUCCGACUGGUGUUCCUGGAUUCCCAGGGUUGGACGGCAUACCUGGCCACCCAGGGCCUCCUGGGCCCAGAGGCAAGCCUGGUGUGGAUGGCUACAACGGCUCAAGAGGUGACCCCGGGUUUCCUGGAGGAAGAGGGGCUCCUGGCCCAGGCGGCUCCCUAGGCCUUCCUGGGGAGAAAGGAGAAAAAGGAAAUUCAGUGUUCAUUUUAGGUGCCAUUAAAGGCAUUCAGGGAGACAGAGGGCACCCGGGAGCACCUGGCUUACCAGGAUCUUGGGGUACAAGAGGACCAGAGGGCCCCACAGGAUAUCCUGGCGGACCUGGGUUAGCGGGACCUCCAGGCCAUCCUGGGAGUCCAGGUUUGAAGGGUAAUCCUGGUGUGGGCGUAAAAGGGCAGAUGGGAGACCCGGGUGAAAUUGGCCAGCAAGGUUUUCCUGGACCUACGCUGUUGUUAGAGCCACCUGAUUUUUGUCUCUAUAAAGGAGAAAAGGGUAUAAAAGGAAGUCCGGGAGUGAGUGGACCGCCGGGACCACCAGGAUCCAAGGGAGAACCUGGUACUGGAGCGAAAGGAGAGAAAGGAAUUCCUGGAUUCCCAGGGCCUCGGGGUGACCCUGGUUCCUAUGGAUCUCCAGGUUUUCCGGGAUUAAAGGGAGAACCGGGAUUGACUGGAGAUCCUGGGCCUUUUGGAUUUCUUGGGCCAAAGGGGGAUCGCGGAGACCGUGGGUACCCAGGACCACCCGGUGUUUUGGUAACUCCUCUUCCUCUGAAAGGCCCCCCAGGGGACCCGGGGUUUCCUGGCCCCUAUGGAGGAACGGGUGCUUUUGGACCACCUGGCCCCCCAGGUCCUCCGGGCAGGCCAGGGGAGGCCUGUGCAGGCACCGUAGGACCCCGGGGGCCACAAGGGAUUCCUGGUCGUCCAGGAAUUCCAGGGGCACCUGGUGUUCCUGGGAAAGCUGAUUCUGCUCCAGGAAAACCUGGGAAGCCAGGACCACCCGGCCUGCCUGGAGCACCAGGACUGCAGGGACUCCCAGGAUCAGAUGUGAUAUAUUGUAGUCCUGGGUUCCCUGGACCAAAAGGAAUAAAAGGCAAAGUGGGUCCUCCAGGAGGAAGAGGCUCAAAAGGAGAAAAAGGAAAUCAAGGUCCCUGUGCCUGCAAACCUGCUCCCAGGGGCCCCCCUGGGCCUCCAGGGCUUCCCGGGAGGCCAGGGAGUAAAGGAGACUUGGGGAUCCCUGGCUGGCUUGGAGAAAAGGGUGACCCAGGCCUUCCUGGUGCUAAAGGCUCUCCAGGGCUACCAGGAAAACCUGGUGCCUCAGGACUACCUGGCAACAAAGGAGAAAAGGGCGACACAGUCGUACCAAGAGUUAAAGGGCACAAAGGAGAAAGAGGUCCUGAUGGACCCCCAGGAUUUCCAGGGCAGCCGGGACGACAUGGUCGGGAUGGACAUGCCGGAGAGAAAGGAGACCCAGGGCCCCCAGGGGAUCGUGAAGAUGCAGCUCCAGGUUGCAAAGGGCUUCCUGGGCCACCAGGCCCCCCAGGCAUACCAGGACCAGUAGGGUCCCCAGGACUGGGAUUUCCUGGUCCACCAGGACAAAGAGGUCAACCUGGUGUCCCUGGCCGCCCGGGUGUGAGGGGCCCUGAUGGCUUAAAGGGUCAGAAAGGCGACACGGUUUCUUGUAAUGUAACCUAUCCAGGGAGGCCGGGCCCUCCAGGUUUCGAUGGACCUCCAGGUCCAAAGGGAUUUCCGGGUUCCCGGGGAGCUCCUGGGCUGAAAGGUUCAGAUGGGCCAAAAGGGCGGCGUGGCCGACCAGGAACAUCGGAAAUAUCAGGUCCACCUGGUUUUCGUGGUGACACGGGAGAUCCAGGCUUUCCAGGUGAAAGGGGGUCUUCCCCUAGUGGGCCCCCAGGCCCUCCCGGGUCACCUGGAAUGAACGGCCAGAAAGGAAUCCCAGGAGACUCUGCAUUUGGUCACCCAGGACCCCCGGGAAAGAGGGGUCCUUCAGGAGUACCAGGGACAAAAGGCCAGAAAGGUGACCCAGGAUGCCCAGGAGCUGAAGGGCCACCUGGUGUUCCCGGACUCCCAGGUCUCAAAGGUCCCAAAGGCAGAGAGGGGAGCACUGGGUUUCCAGGUAUCCCAGGUCCACCCGGCCAUUCCUGUGGAAGAGGUGCUCCAGGGACACCAGGGCACCCAGGACUCCCUGGGGCUCCAGGUAGCCCAGGUACCCCGGGUAGGAAAGGACAGCCAGGAGACAUGGGCCCCCCUGGACCAGCUGGAAUGAAGGGCCUCCCUGGAUUCCCGGGACUGCCCGGGGCAGGUGGACUCCCAGGACCGCCAGGAAUCCCAGGCCCCACUGGGGACGCCGGAUUCCCUGGUUUUCCAGGCCCUAAGGGACUCCAGGGGCUGCCUGGUUUCCAGGGUUUUCCUGGAGAGAGAGGAAAGCCGGGCCCAGAUGGGCAGCCAGGCCAAAAGGGCGAACGUGGAGGGAUGGGCUGGCCUGGCUUUCCGGGAGACCCGGGGAUAAGAGGUGCCAAAGGGGAAAGGGGCCCUCCUGGAGAUGAAGGAGAAAUGGCGAUCAUUUCUAAAAAGGGGAAACCCGGGGAGCCCGGACCUCCUGGAGAUGAUGGAUUCCCCGGAGAAAGAGGUGACAGAGGAAGUCCCGGUGUGCCGGGAGGAAGAGGAGAGCCGGGAAGGGCUGGACCUCCGGGAAUCCACAAGGGGGAACCUGGUGAAGAUGGACAGCCAGGCCCUCCCGGACCCCCAGGGCCCCCAGGCUCACCUGGAAUAAGAGGAAUCAUUGGUUUUCCAGGAUAUCCGGGUGACCAGGGUGAGCCGGGCUUUCCAGGCCCCCCUGGAUUUUCAGGAAUUGAUGGAGCAAGGGGACCUAAAGGAAACAAAGGUGACCCUGCCAGUCAAUGUGGUCCACCUGGUCCAAAGGGUGAGCCAGGUAGCCCUGGAUGUCCAGGGCAUUCUGGCAUCCCCGGAGAGAGGGGCUGGCCUGGUGUUCCAGGGCCCACAGGACCACCCGGAAGGUCAGGACUGCCUGGCUCCUCUGGACCACCCGAGUGUCCAGGUGAUCGGGGGAUGCCUGGGAUGAAGGGACAUCCAGGAGAAAUGGGAGACCCUGGGUCAAAAGGCCUCCGGGGGGACCCAGGGAUACCAGGUCCUCCAGGAGUAAAAGGUCCCCCCGGGUCGCCUGGCCUGGAUGGCUUGCACGGUUUGAAGGGUCAGAAAGGAGCCAAAGGUGUUUCAGGUUUGCAUGACACAGGCCCGCCUGGGCCAGUGGGAAUACCUGGGCCAAAAGGAGAGACAGGAGACCCUGGGAGCCCGGGAAUCUCUCCUCUGGGACCUUUUGGAGAGAAAGGUCUUCCAGGCCCCCCAGGGAGACCAGGACUACCUGGCCCUGCAGGCGCCAGAGGAGAAGCUCCUAAGGGUGUUGUUCCUCAGCCAGGUCCACCUGGAGAUCGGGGACCUCCUGGCCCUGAUGGCCCAAGAGGAGCACCUGGGCCCCCAGGACCCCCCGGGAGUGUUGACUUUCUGAAAGGGGAUCCAGGUGACUGUGGUCUGCCGGGGCCACCAGGUCCCCCGGGUCCACCGGGCCCCCCAGGGUCCAAAGGCUUUCCAGGAUGCGAUGGAACUGACGGCCAGAAAGGACCAGUGGGAUUUCCAGGGCCCCAGGGGCCACACGGACUUCCUGGGCCACCUGGAGAGAAGGGUCUACCUGGACUUCCUGGCAGAAAAGGGCCCACGGGUCCUCCAGGUUCCAGAGGUGAACCUGGGCCGCCUGCGGAUGUGGAAGACUGCCCCCGAAUCCCAGGGCUUCCUGGGGUGCCCGGCCCAAGAGGACCAGAAGGAGGCAUGGGGCUCCCUGGACCGAGAGGCCCCCCAGGAUCAGGGUGCAAAGGAGAGCCUGGCCUGGAUGGCAGGAGGGGCGAGGACGGAGUGCCUGGGUCUCCUGGGCCUCCCGGACACAAAGGUGACACAGGAGAAGAUGGCUGCCCUGGAGCACCAGGUCCUCCUGGUCCCCCUGGGGACCCCGGGCCCAAAGGAUCUGGCCCUGGAUAUCUCAGCAGCUUCCUCCUGGUUCUCCACAGUCAGACGGACCGAGAGCCCGCCUGCCCCACAGGCAUGCCCCGGCUCUGGACUGGGUACAGCCUGCUGUGCCUGGAGGGGCAGGAGAAAGCUCACAGUCAAGACCUUGGUCUGGCAGGCUCUUGCCUUCCCGUCUUUAGCACACUGCCCUUUGCCUACUGCAACAUCCACCAAGUGUGCCACUACGCCCGGAGAAACGACAGGUCCUACUGGCUGGCCAGCGCCGCACCGCUCCCGAUGAGACCGCUCUCGGAGGAGGAGAUCCGCCCCUACGUCAGCCGCUGUGCCGUGUGCGAGGCCCCAGCCCAGGCGGUGGCAGUGCACAGCCAGGACCAGUCCAUUCCCCCGUGUCCACGAACCUGGAGGAGCCUCUGGAUUGGGUACUCGUUCCUGAUGCACACAGGAGCCGGGGACCAAGGAGGAGGACAGGCCCUCAUGUCACCUGGCAGCUGCUUGGAAGAUUUCAGAGCAGCACCAUUCCUCGAGUGUCAAGGCCGCCAGGGAACUUGCCACUUUUUUGCAAACAAGUAUAGCUUCUGGCUGACAACAGUGAGACCAGACUUGCAGUUUUCUUCUGCCCCAUCACCAGACACCUUAAAAGAAAGCCAGGCCCAGCGCCAGAAAAUCAGCAGGUGCCAGGUCUGCAUGAAGUAUAGCUAG